CCCCAAAGUCACUUCUACUCCUACCAUAUAGCCGACUGUAGCGCAGCUUGUUGUUCUCUCCAACUUUCCACAAUCUUUUUUACUCUUUCCAAUAUCUUCGUUCUUUGACCCUUCCCAUACACCUUAGAUACCCAUACAUACAACAUGCCGUUCGACACAGAGCUCACGAGGGCACUUGGCAUCAAAGUGCCCGUAGUCCAAGGUGGUAUGCAAUGGGUUGGAUACGCUGAGCUCGCCUCCGCUGUGUCAAAUGCUGGAGGUCUUGGAAUAUUAACAGCCCUCACCCAACCCACCCCCGAAGACCUCCGCAAAGAAAUCCGCCGAUGCCGUCAGAUGACGAAGAACCCCUUCGGCGUGAACCUUACCCUCCUCCCCGCCAUGGUUCCUCCGGACUAUGGCGCAUACGCCCAGGUCAUCAUCGACGAGGGUAUCAACAUUGUGGAGACUGCAGGAAACUCUCCCGGCCCGGUCAUCAAGCAGUUGAAGGCAGCUGGCACAAUCAUUCUCCACAAGUGCACGACAAUCCGACACGCACAAUCUGCCGUCAAGCUCGGCGUAGACUUCCUCUCCAUUGACGGGUUCGAGUGCGCUGGACACGUUGGCGAGACCGACAUCACAAACUUCAUUCUCCUCAGCAAGGCGCGUCAAACGCUGGGUGUUCCCUUCAUCGCGUCCGGAGGUUUCGCAGACGGCCAGGGUCUCGCUGCCGCGUUGGCACUCGGUGCUUGCGGUAUCAACAUGGGCACCAGGUUCAUGUGCACAGUCGAGGCGCCCAUCCACCAGAACAUUAAGCAGGCGAUCGUAGACGCACAGGAGACGGACACAGAGCUUGUUCUCCGAAGGUGGAAGAACACUUCGCGACUAUUCGCCAACAAGGUCGCCAAGGCUGCUGUUCAUGUUGAAAAGACCAGCACAACCGGAGAGUUCAAGGAGGUUGCGGAGUUUGUCAGCGGGAAACGGGGACGACAGGUGUUCCUCAACGGUGAUAAGGACUUCGGUGUUUGGACUGCUGGUCAGGUCAUCGGUCUGAUCCACGAUGUCCCAACAUGCAACGAUCUCCUUGAGAGAAUCGAGCGCGAGGCCGUCGAGACGAUGCAUGCCAACCAGGCUCUCUACAAGCAUGAUGGCGCUGUUGGAAAGAGCAAGCUAUAGAUUCUAGAUUCUAGACAUCAGCAAUUGUAUAUACAUGUUAGCAUUACCACGCCAUGAGCAUUUUUCAAUUCAGGAAUUUCAAGGGUC